AUUCUCUCUCUAAAACCUUUUUUUUUUCUCAGCUAAAAAUCGAAACUUUCCAACGAGUUUUCAACAUUAGGGCUUCAUACGACAAGAAGCAUUACCGUAGUAUGGUUUGAUUGUGAAGUCAAUUAAAAGAUGUUCUUUUUGACAUGAGAUAUGGCUGGAUUGAAUCUAUCAAAGAGGUCAAUUUGUGAAACAUGUGGACAUCAAGGAUGGAAGGAUUCACUUGUAACUUGCUCUAAAUGCCGCAUAGCCUGUGAACACUGUUAUUGCAUGCGGGAGAAUUCAUUUGAGACCUCAACACAUUUUGUCUGUGCUGAUUGUUCGAUGAGACCUGUUCAAAACAGAUUUACUUCAGAUUCUAUCAAAGCAGUCCCUAGAAGUAAUAGGAAUAAUGUGCGGGUGGAAUCUUCAAAUCCAGUUCCUAAAUGGAAAAAAAUUCCUGAAACGUCAAAGAUGAAAUUAAUUUCACCAGAGGAAGUAAAAAAACUUUCAUUUGGAGGCAGUACCAGUAAAUCAACUUUCAGAGUACCAAGACCUGUUUCAGCUCGUCCUCCAAUGGGUUUAACAAAACAAACUGUUGGCUUUCCAAGAGCUAGGAGUCUAAAUUCUGCAGUGGUGGCUCGCAAAACCAAUUCAAAUCACCUUCCACCUAAAAAGGUUGAGCCUCUUAGUCCUCGUACUCAACAGAUUCGUCCAGGAGUCAUGAGACAAGCUUCUAAAGCACAAGCAGUAGGAGAAGGGUCAAAAACGAAAGUUGGUGAUGGAGCUAAAUAUCAUGGUACCAACGAGAUAUGCCGAUCAAUCUUAUCAGAGAAAUUGUUGCAAUUACUUCCAUAUCGACCAGCUUUGCACCCCAUCUGGAAGGGACGCAUUGUGGAUUCUGCUACACCAUCUGAGUUUAAUGGCGAGUUCUUAGCUCAACCGGCAUCUAAAGUCCGAGGGAAGGCUUAUGUACUUUCAAAGGCGGUUCCUGUCUUACUCAAGGUCAAAUUGGUUCCUAUAGGCAAUCUUCUGAGUGAUUUGUUUAUGAACAGAAAACCAGGGCUUUCAGAUGUCGAGAUGUACAUUUUCCCAUAUGACAAGAACACAAAAAGGUUUACAGAGGAACGUGAUCAUCUCUUUGAAGCCAUGAGGACUCGCAAUGCCAUGAUCAAAUUUAACAUCAAUGGCACACCAUUGUUGAUAUUCUCUUCAAAACUACUGGACAAGUCCUCCCAGGUUAUCAUCAAGAUGCAAAAGAAAACAAAUAACUUUCUUUGGGGGAUUUUUCUCCUGACGAAAAAGUCUUUAGCACUUCUUCCAGGAACUUCCAAUCAAACUCCCCAACAUUUUGAUGAUGGAGAUGUAGUUGACAAUGACACUGAACCUUUCUUUAGACGUACCAACCACCGGAAUUCUGGGAAGCAAUUGCAGAGACAUUACAGGGAGAGGGAUUGAUCAAUGUGGAGUGGCUGAUGUUGUCUCUAGGAAAUUGGUAUAUAGAUUAGUGCUACUAAUCUCUGAUUGUGUUCUAUAUUGGUGUAAGAAGUAAAACUUUUACCUCCUGAUUACUUGUAGAUUUUUAUGGGGUACUAAAUAAAGGUAAAUGGUAGAC